GGCGAGAUUUUCGUAUCUUCUUCUCUGUCCCUGCAAAUCCCGUUUCUAAACUAUUUUCACUCCCUGUAGAAUUAGAAUUCAAUUCCUCUCCCCUCUCUUCCUAUCUCUUAGAAAUCUGAACAUGGCUUAACUCUGUGCAUAAAGAUUUAAUCUUUAAAGCUCAAGUUCGAAACCCAUCUUGAAUCUUGAUUUUCUUCAUCCUCAGAUAAAGGUGGUUUCUUGAAAAUGGUGGCAGGUGAAAAGCUGGGGAAAACCUUGUUGGGGGAGGGAGCUCCCACUACUGAAGGAGCUAAAUCCCUAGACCCAGAUGCAGGAACCCUAAAGGAAGCUUCCAAAAGCUCUGGUUUGUCUGCUGUGGAGGAGGAUAGGGGUAGGGUUGUUAUAGAUGGGAAGGUAUACUUGAGUGGAGGUGAAGAAGGGGACCUUGAGGAUUCUGAGCUGAAUGGAGCGUCUUGUUUAUUGAAAAUGAAAGAAACUGUUAGAGAAGGGGGUGUUAGUGGUGGGGCUGAGAUUGCCAAGCCUUUUGACUCAUUGUUGGAUGUUGUUGGCAGGAACAAAUCAAUGGAAAUUGAGAAUGGUGUGUCUGGUAAUGGCAUUUAUGGCGGUCAUGGUGUUCCCAAUGCUGCGGACAUUCGUGGUGAAAUCGAUAAAUUUGAUGAGGAAGAAGGGACAGAUUUUGAUGAUAAUAAGAGCAAUGGUGAAUUAGAGGAUGAUGAUGAUGAAGAUGAUGAUGAUCAGGAGUGUGAAUUUUCAGUCGGUGAUUUUGUGUGGGGUAAAAUUAGGAGUCAUCCAUGGUGGCCGGGGCAGAUAUAUGAUCCAUCUGAUGCAUCAGAUUAUGCAACGAAGAUGAGAAAGAGAGGCAGACUCCUUGUUGCAUACUUUGGCGAUAAUUCAUUUGCUUGGUGCCACCCAUCGCGGUUGAAGCCUUUUGAAGAGAAUUUUGUGGAGUUUUCAAAGCUAAGUUACUCGAAGAAUUUUCUAAAUGCUGUCGAGAAGGCAGUUGAUGACAUUGGCAGACUAGUGGAGCGGAAGAUGACGUGCUCUUGUGUGCCAAAAGUGAAUAUUAGUGAGUUUGACAGGCCGCUGGCAGCAAAUGCUGGUUUAAAGAAAGGUGUUCUAAUGCCCGAUAGAGGGAUUGGAAAGCUUUCAAUUGGUUUCUUUGAACCUGAGAAAAUUCUUGGUAAACUGAAACACAUUGCAAGGGUUGUUUCAAUUUGUAACAGUUCACUGGACUGCAUGGUGUUGAAGGGCUGGCUUUCAGCAUUUUAUCACGCAAAAGGGUUUCAUCAGUUGCCUCUGUUCAAAGAACCACAAGCUAUAUCAGGCCUUGAAGAAAAUGCUGGCACUCUGGUAGUGGAUAUAAGUGAUUAUAACAAUGUCAUGAAUAUCUCAAUCCAGGGGCCUGUUCAAAAAGAUUGGCUUUGUUCUCCAGCUGGCCCUAAAUUUGCCCAAACUGUUGAAUCUUUGUCAUGCUGCCCAGAUGUUUCAGAUGAUACGGUGCAUCAGGGGAAGCAGAAAAGCAUAGCUGAAAUUUUGGAAGCUGAUGUCAAUGCCCGGGCCAAAAAUGGAGAUUUGAAGAAAGAGGGAACAAAUUCAGGUAAAUCAGCUUCAUCAUUCAGGAGGAAGAGGAAAGGCAGUGGUGAAAUUAAUGCUGAUGGUGGAAGCAAUUCAAUUUCCAUAUCAAGGAAUAAUAGAGGAAACAAACUUUCAAGUUCCUUUAAUGCUGAAAAGAGCAAAGUUGGCAGCCUUGGCAUUGAUCCCAAGGAAGAAACUGUUGGGGCUCAUUCUUUGAUGGGAAGGAAGAAGAAGAGGAAAGGUUCCAGCAUUAAUAAUGAUGGUGUUAGGGUUGAAGAAAAUGGUGGUUUGAGUGCAGGAUGCAAUGAUCCUGGAACUGAGGAACUAGUUGAGAAGGGUGCUUUAUCAAGAGAGAGGAAGAAGAGCAAGUACUUAUCACCUCCUUAUACAAGUCCAAUUGGUAGGGAAAGAAAUGUUGAUGUAGAGGCAGAACCCUUGAAGGUUUCCCAGGAGGAUCAGUUAGGGGAGCAGAUGGCUACAGCUUCUUGCAACCAUCCCGGUUCCCUUCUAAUGGGGAAAAGCUGCAGAGAAGUAAUUCAGAAGGAGCUCCCUGAACAGUUUGGCUUACAACAUGAUGAAUCUGAUGUCAAAACUCAAACACCAAAAGAAAUUCAGGAUAGUUUGAUCAAUGUUGAGGAAGUUAACGCACCUACCAGGGAAGUUCUAACUGAAGUUCGUUCUGCAGCUCUCAGUCCACAAUAUCCGAAGGAAAGCAACUCUUUUGACAUCGCUCAGGGAUUUUUGUCUCUAUUCAGAAGCUCAGUCUACCACAAUGGUUCCAACAACAAAAUUUACAAGCAGAGUCAAUCUCAUAGAAAGAGAAAAUCAACAGACUCUGAAUCAGCAUUUUCUGGAAAGGGCCAAAACCAGACUGUUCAUGGUUCCUCUGUAGAAGCAGAGGUGAAAGUGGAUGAGCCCAAAAGUAAGCGAGCAACAAGGGCAGCAGAUAAGAAAACAAAAGAGGAAACCAUGUCAGAGAAGCCUAAAAUCAUGGAAGCUGCCAGGGGACCUGAUAUGAAGAAAAAUGAUGUGGAUACCAGUGAAAAAGCUUCACCUACUGCCCUGUUUGUGACAUUUGGCCCGGGUUCUUUAUUGCCUUCAAAGAGUGAUCUUAUCAAAAUAUACAGCAAGUAUGGAGCUCUAAACACGAAGGAGACAGAAAUGUUUAAUGCUAAUUUCUGUGCUCGAGUUGUCUUUAAAAGCAGUUCUGAUGCAAAAGAAGCAUUCAAAAGUUCACAAAGUGUCAAUCCCUUCGGUGUUGCCACUGCCAGUUUUGAGCUUCGCCAUAUAUCAAGUGCAUCCAGAGGUCCUGAGCACAGGCAGAGAACUAAAGCAAAACCUUCUGGAAGCAAGGAGGCAGUCAAAACAACAGAGAAGUCACCUGCUUCCCAAGCAUCACUGGAUGAGGCAUCCCAACUUAACUACAUCAGAGACAAACUGAAGAUGCUGAUAUCAAUGCUGGAAACGUCAGAUGAAAAAAUGUCCCCCGGCAUUAAAUCCAAGUUACAGGAUGAGAUAAGAGACCUUUUGGAGAAGGUAAGCAGCAUGUCUAGAUCUUCAUCGUGAUUGUUGAUAUAGCAAAUAUACAAGGCCUCUGCGGUUCAUAAGUUGUACACCUUAACAGUUAAUCUUGUCUGGAUAAACUCUUGAUACAUAUUCAGGUGGUGGAGAGAUUAGUUUUUGUUAGGAUGUUGGAUUCAGUUAGUGGUGUUACUGUUUUUGUGGGUAGGGGUAUAUGUCGCAUAGACAAGUUGCUUUUUGUUCUAGUAGCUAUUGAAACUAGUUGCAUAUGUUUCAUCACCAGUCAUCAUCAGCUCCUCAGGAAUAUAUACUACAGAGAAUAAUUUUUGGACUAUGUUUCUAUGAAUACAUGAUCAAGUUACUA